AGGUGAAGCGGAAGUAAGCAUCAUGUCGGUAGAAGACCCGUUUUUCGUUGUGAAGGGGGAGGUGCAGAAGGCCCUGACUCGUGCUCGUGGCCUGUUUCAUAGAUGGGAGGAACUGUUGCAGGAUGGGACACAGGUGAGUCGUGACGAACUGGACUGGAGUACCAAUGAGCUGAGGAACUGUCUGAGGGCCAUAGACUGGGACUUGGAGGACCUCAGUGAGACCAUCAAUAUUGUGGAGUCGAACCCGGGGAAGUUCAAACUAGGUGACAAUGAACUUCAAGAGAGGAGAGACUUUGUGGAGCGAACCAGGAAAUCUGUCCAGGAGAUGAAGGUUCAGUUGUCCAGCCCUUCUUCUGUGGCUCAGGCAGAGAAGAAGAACAGAGAGGCUCUGCUAGCGUCGUCAGGCCAAAGCAGGUCAACGGGACUGGAGGCUCACAUGGUGUCUGCAAACUCCAGAUACAUCGAGGAGCAACAGGAGCAACAGCAGCUGAUCAUGCAGGAGCAGGAUGAGCAGCUGGAGUUGGUGUCGGGCAGCAUCAGAGUCCUCAAAGACAUGUCGGGACGCAUCGGGGACGAGCUGGACGAGCAGGCUGUCAUGUUGGGGGAUUUUGGAGACGAGAUGGAUCAGACAUCGUCCCGCAUGGACUCAGUCCUAAAGAAGCUGGAGAAGGUGUCUCACAUGACCAGCAGUCGCAGACAGUGGUGUGCUAUCGGCGUGCUGGUUACCAUCAUGAUCGUGGUCCUCAUCCUCUUCUUCGCCCUCUGAUGGAAGCGACCUCUGACCUCCCCGACUAUGUUCAGCGACUCUUCCCCGUUCGGACGGACAGAUGGACAGACACAGGAAGAGGGACGCGUCCCUCCUCCUCCCCCUCCCUUUCUUCACGCCGAGGAGAAACUGGUGGCCUGCAGAGAGGAGUCAGGAUGAAAUUCUUCUCCCCUCCUGCUUUUAAUGAUUCAAGUGGAAAAACAAACCCCUGCUGCUGUUUGUGAGCAGAGGAGCUCCACACACGGAGAAACCCCAGUGUUAUUAUCUAUUUCAUACUGGUGCAUUUAGCUUGUUUUUGGAAAUAAUGGUACUGAGUGGGAGGGUCGGGACUGGAGGCUGCUGCUGUCAGGUAAAAAACACCGAUCAGCAAAAAAAAGUUCAGCGAAUCAAGAUAUUUUCCCGUCUACUAUCAUGUACAUGAGGGUUUGAAAUUCACACCAAACAACUGUUCAAACUACAAAACAGUCUUGUUUCCAUCAUCAUGAAUAACUUUUGAAUGAUGUUGCGCUCUGUAACGAACCACAAACUUGAUCUGUUUUGUAAGGAAAUGGUUUUAAAAAGUUUUCAAAGUGCUUUAAAGAAGGAACAGACGUGACGGAGAACAGCUAUUGCAGCAUAUUCAUUUCAGUUUGCUGGUGAAAGCUGACUGUCCGCUGAGUCAUCAGCCAAAAAGAAGUUCUGGGACAUUCAUAAUUAUGGAUUUAUUAGCCGUUAAACAAGAAAAAUCAAAGCAGUCAUUUGUGUUUUAAUCUCACAGGAGCAGCGUGGGAGGGAGGAGAUGUUGGGUUGGCGGGGGUUUUUAGUGUUGCCUUAAAUAUAUUUUUAUAUCGUGAAAAGUGCAGUAUGUUUCCGUGCCUACAUGUGAAUCAGGAUGGGAUUGUAACACCAAGUCAUCAGUGAAAUCAGGAGAAUGAGCCGUUUCAGUCUGUCCAGCGUGACAGCAGCCGAUUUCACCGAUUAACUCGUCCUUCCUGGCUCAAACGUGUUAGUCACCUCUGAAAUCAGCUGCUGUGCUGUCUGUGGUCAAAACAAACAUGCAGACUCAUAGCGAGGCUGACGCGAGGCUGCCCAUCCCUGAUACCAGAUGCUGCUUUGUGUUGCUCUGCUGCCCACUCCGUCAGACAUGUACAGAUUCCCGGCUCUGUGGCCAUCUGACAGAAACGUUUUAUUUCCCGCCCUGAUUGUUGAUCCGUCUCCGCGAGGUGAAGUGAGGUCUGCAGCCAGCCGCCUUCGCGCCCCUGCAGGCGGUUGAGCACGCGAUUGGCUGAUGCCUUGUUAGUCUCACUGGGUGAUGAGAGACAGCCUUGGCUCAGAGCGAAUGGGUUUGCCUGUUUUAUUGAAAAGCUUUAGCUAAUGAGAGGACGAACAGUUGCUGGGCAAGAUGUGUCUGCACACAGCCCAGAUUUAGGCUUACAGCUCCCUCUGCUGGAGGCUGCUGGUCAUGUUAUUUCUUUGUGUCAUGUCAGGUAACGCUGCCCACGCUAGGGUGUGUUGCAGUGCUGUAUAAAUAUAUACUGUUAUGCUUUAAAUUUGGUGUAAAUGGACGUGAUUUCUGUACAAAGGCUUUAUCCAGAUUCAAUCUUGUUUUUUUUAAUCCUGCGUGAUCCAGAUUUAUCUUCACUCAUGGUUUUUCGCUUUCGUCACUCAGUUGUAGAGAAAAUUUAGAAUUUAGGGGUCACGUGAGAGUUCCCGCGAGGCAUUUCCCCUUUGCUUGCACCAAAGGAGUCAGGGGUCAGACGCCCAGGCUUCAAUGCAGGUGGGGCUCAGGGAUGUUGCACUGCAUAGAGUGUCCUCCCUGCCAGAGCUCUGUUCAUCUUAUUCUCUCAGUAGUUCAUGUGAACUUUUACAUAUUCAAGCACUCAUUCCUUAAAUGCUUCGCUGGGGGAAAUUAACGGAAUACUUGGAAAAUGGCCGCAAGCAUAAAUGAAGCACUGGUGCGGUUUCCGCUCCAGUCAUUCACACUCCAGAGAAGGCUUUGAAGGUAAAGCUAUCUUGAAACACUGAAGGAUUUCUAACAUACAGUAAACCCUUUUUUUAAGUUCAGUUUGGAUUUGACUGCAUCUGAUUUUACAGCACGAUACUGUACCACCACAUCUGUAUGCAAGAGUUUAACAGUGAGCUCACCCUUUUCUGGCGUGUUUCCAGAUCUGGGUUUAAAGAAAGUCUUUUGUUUUGUCCAAAAUGGAGAUGGGCUGAUUGUACUGCGUCAAGGCAGUGAAAGGAGCUGACUACAUUUGCUGUACGUCAAAUUUAAAACUCAGUACGUUUUUCAAAACAUCUUAUGACUCAUCCUCACCUGCCUUCAUCAUGACUUGCUACUUUAACAAAAAACACGCCUCGAGGCUUUAAGAUCACUCUGUCAGUUGUCCACUUUUGGUAAAAUAAAGCAAACCUUGUCUGUAUUAAAGGUGGAUUUGAGGAAAUGACCUCUGACUGGUUACAAACUGCCGAUGAAACUAAGUUUAACUUUAGUUAAAGUGCCAACAAUCAGAAUUUCUUUGACUCUGUUAAAGCAUCCACCAGCAGCUUUCGGUGUGAAGAUUUUCUUCUGAAUGUAACCAAACUUAUUGUCGGAGGACUUGAACGGGACAUCUCGCUGAAUUUUGGGAGGAUCUGAAUGUGCACAAUUGUAUUCAUUACUGGCUGCCAUUGUUCCCAUUUCACUGCUCUGCUAUAUCGGAUAGUUUAGCUAAUUACUCUCACACACUACAUGAAGAAUAAAGGUCACGUGGCAGCAGCUUCUUUGACUAAAACGAAACAUUACAUUUCCAGAAAGUGAGCUGAAUAUGAAUGUUUUCUUAGCGGCUCUCGGAGAUUUCUGACAUUGUUCAGUUAGAUUAAGUCUCAUUAAACUUGAACAU